AUCGCUCUAUACUACGUUUCCAAUAGUGUGUAAGGAAGGCCAUCACGUGCCACCACGUGAGGUCCCUUUCAUAAGCGGCCCAUAGGGCUCGGUAAAAUAGGGCACAAGGUGCAUAGAUAAAAGGGGUUGGAGGCCUCAGAAGAAGGCCUCCAGUCAAUAGUCGCUGUAUCUACGUAGACCUAUUGUGCUUACAGAAUACGAUACCUUCCUGCCUCCUGACCUGGUUCCCUGGACUCCCUUGAGACCCUUAGGCUUACGCUUUACAUAUCCAGCCUACUGGGUCAGGAUGGCAAGUAUGGAAAGAAGGAUUACGCUUGCGACUUCUGGAGGAGCAACGCCAGCAACUGACGCCACUGAGCCAGCUCCAAGAACUACGCCCGUAGAAGCUAGCCAUUCGACGGCAGGCCAGGACGAGAGCAUGGCCUCGAAGCUGGCAGACCUUCGGAAGCGGAUGGAUGAAGAGAGGGCCUAUAUCAACACGAUGGAGGAAGCCCUAGAGCUUUUCCAAAGAAUGCACGGCGACGACUACAAUGCCUACCCUGAGGCAGUACGGGACUUCGCGAAGAAGCAAGCCCGGAUUCAGGAAGAGAACCGUCGAAAAAGGCGACACCAAGAUAUCGAGGACGAGUGGGAAGGACCCCAACAAGAGGAGGAGGCAGAGACUGCCUCUACCGUAUCAAUGGAGGUCACACCAGCCCAGAGGCCUACCACUUAUGCCAAUCCACGCCGCCGCAGCGGCGUGGAUUUACGCGAUUGCGGUUGGCUGUAUUUUUGCGAAAAGCGGGUCUCCCCCUGCAGCGUGAUCCCCUGCGGCAUGGAUUUCCAUGCAGCAGGGCUAUCUAUGCCUUUAAUCAAUUACACCACACUAUAUAUCGACUUUACACAAUAGUUAUAUGGGUAUAUAUGUGCUCUUAAGGCAUGCGAAACUCAUUAAAUUACUCCUAAGUCGAUCGCUCUUCAGGUACAGAAGUUAUUUAAUGUUGAAGUUCUAGAGGUUGGAUUUUAGUAGGAUAAGGGUACAUAGGGCUGAAAAUGUGAAAAUGCAACACCGCCAACACCGCUCACACCGCCCACACCAACACCACCCACACCAACACCACCCACACCAACACCGCCCCAUGCGGCCCACACCAUGGCUGGAGCGCAUGAGGUACCAACGCUAUAAUCGACCUACCCAGCAAAACUUGAAAAAAAGUCGAAAAUUCAAAACUGGCUGCGAUGGUGGCCACCUGCCUAGUAAAAAGGUCUCAAAGGUCGAAAAUUCAAAGGUGCACUGUAACAUCUGAUCCACUUCUUAGAUCAAUUAGUUUAUAUGAUGAAAAAUGUAGAGCUCAAUCGAGCGAAUUCAAUAAAAAUUAAAUGAAGUCUGUAGCUCAUUAGGUACUACCUCAAGAACUGGCC